UACGGUCCGGUCUUCGCGCAUCUUGUCCCCGGAACUACGAGACACGUUCAGUCGCAUCCCGGGAUAUACAGCCGAUAGGAUCGAUACGAGAUCGAACGAAGCCAUAGGACUUUGCUGCACGAAGAGAAGGACGGAGAUGCUGCGUUGUGCGCCGUUGCUGCUGCUCCUGGUGGCGGCCCUUGCCGCGGCACAGGACUCCACCGUGCAACCCCCCGCUAGCCCUCCGGAGACGUCGGUGACGUCUACUGGGGUGCCCGAGACAUCUUCGAAGGCGGUUCCGGCUCCGACGUCGGCUGCGGCUCCGGCCGCGGUUCCUGCUACGGCUCCGGAUACGGUUCCGGCUGCUGCACCACAGGAGGCGCCCAGCGGCGGAGAUGAUGACGACGAGCUGACGGAGCGUCAGACGUUGUCAAAGGCUGCCACGGUGCUGUGCCGAACAAGCCCACGAGGAAAGAACGACCCCAACGUGCGAGGGUUCGCUUACACGAACAACCGCUGCGUAGCGCUUUGCCGGAAUGGUUACGGAAUUCCCUGGAGACAGUCGUUCACCGCGCAGACAUCAUGCGGCAGUGGAAUGGUUUGCGUCAACCGGGAGUGUAUGCAAGCGGGCACCAGCAAGGACAUGCAGACCUGCACCACCAUCUUCAACCAGAGCCGCCGCAAGUUCAAGCAGCUGUUCAACUUCCGCGUCGAAGCUGGGGUGAUCUCGGCUUGUCGGCUCCGGUGUUACAACCCCAACACGGCUGAGUCCCUGCGCGUCAACAGGGACGACGGCGAAAGGUGCCAGAACCGCCUGUACGAGGGCACCUGUCGUGGAGGCGUCUGCCGCUCUCCGAACGAGGCCAUCGCGGCGAUCGGGUCGGUGAUCCCGAUCCCGUACCAGGAGGCCAACGCUUUCUCGAACCCCAACGACCACAACGUCGAGGUCGAGGAGCCAGGCUUCGGCGAUGAGUUCGCCCACGACGGCUUCCCCUCGGACCGCUUCGAAGACGGCUUCGGGGGAAGACCUGUGCAGACGCGCUUCCCCGCCGUCCCCGUGCACUCCGCCGCCGCAGUCCCGGAGACCAACGGCACGCUCAUCGCAUGACCUGGACCACGGUGGACCCUACGGUGCAUUUCGCGUGCGCCUACCACUAUUUAUGACUAUUUAUAUAUGACGAUCCACCGAAUAAAGAGUAAGAUCUCUGCGUAU